AUGGUCGCCGGCGGCCUCGUCCACCGCAGAUGUUUGAAGCUAUUGGCUAGCCGGACAAUGGUCUCCGUGACUGCUCUGCUUCCAUCUCUCUUCCCUCCAAAACCCUUUUCCCGCCUUUCAACAAUAAAGUUGUUUCCCCCCAAUUCUUUGUCCAUAUUAUCGUCUACUUCUUCCUCCAAAUCACUGUUUUACUCCUUAAUUUCUCAAAUUUUGCAUCAAAGGCCGCAGCUUUCCAAUGGAGCCAGCUUUGAUCCUGACUAA